CCGUCGGGCUCGAUGUGAAGCAUACAGUGAUGGACAGUAAGGGCAUGAUGGCGGUCGUGCGCGGCCUGCCCGACUCCGGCCUCAUGGUCACCCUCAUGGACGGCGGCAAGCAGUACACGCUCAUGCCUAAAACUGGUAUAAACUCGUCACCAACGUACGAGGUAUGCAACAACUGCCUGUCGCGGCAAUCGCAGUGCAGCAACAGCGAAGUGCGCCCGCGUCAAGACAGCGGCGCGCAGGCGGUCGACGGACGUUACGCGAGCAGUUAUAAGAUUGAGUAUUGCAACGUGAGGCCAACAUCACCACCCGUGGAGUUGACUGAGUUCCCGCCACAGAAGGCGAGCCUGCAGCCAGGUAAGCGUAUGCAGUAA